UCCACGUGGGUUUUGCAGCCAUGGAGGAUUCUGCCACUGCGGAAGCGGGGAAAGUCGCGUCUGUUCCGGCCCCAGCUCGCCAGGCCCGACGACGCCAAGUAGCUCACCAGAUCCCCCAAGAGAUCCUGUCAGACCCAGAACUCCAGGCAGCUGUGAAAGCCCUUCCUUCAAACUACAACUUUGAGAUCUACAAGACUGUGUGGCGAAUCCGGCAGGCCCAGGCGAAACGGGUGGCGCUGCAGAUGCCUGAAGGCCUCCUCCUGUUUGCUUGUACCCUUGCUGACAUCAUUAAGAGGUUCACUGGAGCAGAAGCUGUUGUGAUGGGCGAUGUGACCUAUGGAGCCUGUUGCGUGGAUGACUUUACAGCCCGGGCGUUGGGAGCUGACUUCCUGGUGCACUACGGCCACAGCUGUCUGGUUCCGAUUGAUUCCACAUGGGGGUUGAAAAUGCUGUACAUCUUCGUAGACAUCAAGAUUGACACAACCCAUUUUGUGGAGACUCUGCGCUUCAACUUUUCUGCAGGGUCCAAACUGGCGCUGGUCAGCACGAUUCAGUUUGUGACUGCCCUUCAGGCUGCCACUCAAGAGCUUCGUUCAGAUUAUACUGUCUGCACUCCACAAUGCAAGCCUCUCUCACCUGGGGAGAUAUUAGGGUGUACAUCCCCGCGGCUGGCACAGGACACGGAUGCUAUUGUGUACCUUGGGGAUGGUCGCUUCCACCUGGAAUCCAUCAUGAUUGCCAACCCAGGAAUUCCUGCGUACAGGUACGAUCCCUACAGCAAAGUCUUCUCACAAGAGCACUAUGACCACAAACGCAUGCAGGAGUCACGCAAGCAAGCCAUCCGCCAAGCAUCCCGGGCCUCCAAGUGGGGACUCAUCCUGGGGACCUUGGGGCGCCAGGGGUCCCCAGCUAUCCUACAGCACUUAGAAUCAAGCCUCCAAGCUUUGAAGCGCCCCUUCAUCCGCCUUUUGCUCUCGGAGAUCUUCCCGGGCAAGCUGCAGCUCUUCCCUGAUGUUGAGGCGUGGGUGCAGGUGGCAUGCCCCCGACUCUCCAUUGACUGGGGAGAGGCAUUUGACAAACCUCUGCUGACGCCCUACGAGGCUGCCGUGGCUCUGCAGCAGGUUUCGUGGCAGGAGACCUACCCUAUGGAUUUCUAUGCCAGCCAGUCCUUAGGACCCUGGACGGUGAACCACAGCUCCCACCGCUCUCAACGGGGGAGCACCAUCAAAGAGGUGAAAUCGGCAGAGCCCACACCACCUACGAGAGCGAGCAGAGGCUGCCAAGAGGAGCUGACACCACAACCACAGCAGCCUUGAAGCCCCGAAGUGUCCCCGAGGCCUAACCUUGCUUGACCAAGCCCCCAGCUGUUAAGCAGGGAGAACGAGCCACAGCCUCAGCACGCUGAGGAGCAACAGGCCAUGAGCUUUGGGAGGCAGGAGCCAGGAAUCUUCUGGGGGGAUCUCCCUCCAAAGUGGGGGUAACAGCUGCUAAUUUUCUGUACCGCCAACCGUGGUCACGCUGCAUUCUGUUCAAGAGGGCACUGAUCCAACUCAGCAUUGGGGUAGUCGGACAGCAAAGGAGGGAAGGAAGUUCCCUGUUUCUAUUCCUUGCAGGCUUAGUGUAAGAUUGGGGGAAAGAUACCAGGGUGGAGGCACUUGUAAAGUGGGGCAGGUGGUUGAACAGUAGGUUGCUGUCCAAACCUUCCCAAUGGCUUGUGGUUCAGAAGCCAGAAUCUCCAAGCCCGAUUUCCAGUGUACUUGGCUGGAGCAAAGGCCAUGGAGUGGGCAGGGAGAGGCUGGCCUCUUCGUGCACUGCAGCUUCUGAGGACUGGACCUGGCAGGGGGUUGCAUCCUGUGUCCCCCUUCCUUGCCUUAGUCAUAAAAGCUGCUUGGGCAAUGGAGGGGGCAUUGGCAUCUCGGAGUUGGGUCUCCCCUGCUGCAGCCAACACCUAGCUGGGUCUUUCUUUCCUCCCUGACAAACCAGGAAGCAGAUCUUCUCUGCCCCUGGUGCCAGAUGGGUGGAAAGUUCAGCAGAAAGACCUUUGUGCGUGGAGGGUGGGGGUGGGGGUGGCACUGCAAGUAAGCAUAGACAUUCUCUUGAAGGCAAAACCAAACUAUCUGAAGACUACGACAGCCCAGGAAGCAGGGGGGGGGGGAGAAUAUACCGGUUUCUACCACAGAAUGCCUUCCUCCUUCGAAGAGGAUGAAUUAACUUUGGUUAUGGUAGGCCAUUAGUUAAUCGUGCAUAUUGGAGGGAGGGGGAUUAAAAAGCAUACGUGCUAUUUCUUUUCCACUUCAGUAAAUGUUUAUUAAAAGAAUUUGGAUUG